AUGCGGUGGCCAGCGGUGACGGUCACGGCGGCAGACGGUGGCCGUCCGGUGACCAGCUUCCCUCCGGGGACUUGCUGUGCACCAGAACCAGGUUAUUAUGGUCCAUCCAUUUCGGCUAUUCGUGUUACUCCAAAUUUCAGACCUACUGUUAAUGAGAUACCAUCAGGAAAUCAUAAAAAGAACCACACUGCAUUGAUUGCUGGUGUUACGGUUCCUGCUUUGGCAUUGGCUUUGAUACUUAUUUUUGCAGUUAUUUAUGUGAAGAGAAACACAGAUGACGACGACGAGGAAGUGCUUCUUGGCAUCAGCCCUAGACCAAACACAUUUAGUUAUUCCGAGUUGAAAGCCGCCACCGAAGACUUUAGUUCUUCAAAGAAGUUAGGAGAAGGGGGGUUCGGACCUGUAUAUAAGGGUACACUUUCUGAUGGGAAAGUAGUAGCUGUGAAACAACUUUCUCUAGCAUCAACCCAGGGCAAAGAACAAUUUUUUACUGAGAUAGCUACCAUAUCAGCUGUUCAACAUCGUAAUCUUGUCAAACUAUAUGGGUGCUGCAUCGGAGGAAAUAGGCGACUCCUUGUUUACGAGUAUCAUGUGAACAAAAGCCUUGAUCAGGCACUCUGGGGAAAAAAUGCACUUCAUCUCAAUUGGCCGACCCGGUUCAAUAUCUGCUUAUCGACUGCAAGAGGCCUAGCUUAUCUUCAUGAGGAGUCUAGGCUAAGGGUUGUUCAUAGGGACGUGAAGGCAAGCAAUAUUUUGCUUGAUGCAAAGCUCUGCCCGAAGAUAUCCGAUUUUGGAUUGGCAAAGCUAUAUGAUGACAAUGAUACACACAUGACAACUCGCGCCGCUGGAACGAUUGGCUACCUGGCUCCAGAGUAUGCAAUGCGCGGGCAUCUUUCAGAGAAAGUUGAUGUUUUUAGCUUCGGAGUUGUUGCAUUGGAGAUUAUGAGUGGUAGACCAAACUCAGACAAAAGAUUAGAAGAUGACAGAGUUUAUCUUCUAGAAUGGGUGUGGACCCUGAACGAAAAUAACCAACUCUUGAGCUUGCUUGACCCGCAAGUAACAGAGUUCGAUGAAAAUGAAGCUCUCCGAGUGAUAGGGGUAGCACUUCUAUGCACUCAGGCAUCACCAUCAAUGCGGCCACCCAUGUCUCGUGUUGUUUCUAUGCUUGCAGGAGAUAUCGAAGUGAGCACUGUUACGACGAAACCGAGUUAUUUAACCGACUGGGACUAUAAGGAUGUAACAGGCACCUUAUCUACCGUUGCAUCCGAUCGUAACGGCAGUGAAAUCGAGAGUAAGGGCAACACUUUUUCAGGGGAAGAUGAUCAACCAAUGCUCUAUUCAGUCGUAAGUUGUAGAGGGGAGGAAGGUGAGACCGUGAGAGUGAGCUCUACAAACUAACGUUUCUGCAGAGAGUAAGUUGUCUUGUAAUAAACGCCCUACGUUUAAUAAUCUGAUUAAUUC